AUGCUUCUUCUUUUCAUCCUUGUUCUAACCUGGAUGCUGCCAUUACCUGAGGGCAAUUUUGUAGGUGCUACAGCUAUAGCAAAGCCAGGUUGCCGAACAAAAUGUGGGGAAGUGACAGUUCCAUACCCUUUUGGCAUCAACUACAUAGUAAUGCCAGGAGGCUACGUAACAGAGCAAAACUGUUCCUUAGAAGAUACAUUUGAGCUGACCUGCAACUUGACUUCAAAAGCUCCAGAGCUUUUUAUUGGGACGGGGAACCUCAAGGUAUACAAUAUUUCAGACUCAGAGAUGAGAAUUUCCGUUUCAAUUGCCUUCAGAUGCUACGACAGUUAUGGGAAUAUAAGUGAGAAUAAAACUUCCUGGACUGACAUUCCAGAGAGGUUCCCCCUCACAUUUUCCCAGAAGAACAAGUUCACUGUCAUCGGAUGCGAUGAUUAUGCAUGGAUAAGAGGGCCACCAGGAUCCGACUAUGCUAGUGGCUGUAUGGGGAUAUGUAACAACCCAAGUCGUGUGCCUGAUAAUGGGACAUGCUCAGGAAGUGGCUGUUGUCAGACAUCAAUACCACAUGGUCUCCAAUAUUUCAAUAUUACACUUGGCUCUUUCAAUAACCAUGGCAGUGUGGUGUCCUCAAAUCGUUGCGGUUUUGCAUUUCUUGCUGAGGAAGAGAGCUUUAAGUUUGGUGGUGCUCGUGAUAUGUCUAAUGCUACAGAGUUUUAUAUAAAGACAAGCUGCAAGGAAGGUUACCAGGGCAAUCCUUAUCUUGAACCCGGCUGCGAAGACAUCGACGAGUGCAAGGAUAAUAGUACAUACCCUUGUUAUGGCAAUUGCAAUAAUACUCCAGGGAAUUACACCUGUACUUGUUUAGUCGGAUACGAGGGUGAUGGGAAAACGAAAAAUGGGUGUCAACGUAAAGCUUCAAAGUUUCCAGUGAUGGCAUUAUCUUUAGCUCUGGUCUUUGGCUUACUUGCCAUAUUAUCUGGGAUAAGUGGGAUUUUCCUUGGCGUAAGGAAGAGGAAACUCAUAAAGCUACGAGAAAAGUUUUUUGAGCAAAAUGGGGGUGAGUUUAUGAAACAAAAGCUCAAGGCAACAGGGGCUAAUGACGCUGUGACUAUGUUUAGCACAGAUCAGCUUCAAAAAGCAACUGAUAACUAUUCUGAGGAGCGAAUUGUUGGCCGAGGUGGUUAUGGUGUAGUGUAUAAAGGAUUCUUACCAGAUAAUCGUGUUGUCGCAAUAAAGAAGUCUAAAAUAGUGGAUGGGAGUCAAUCUGAGCAAUUCAUCAAUGAAAUCUGGAUCCUUUCACAAGUUAUCCAUCGAAAUGUGGUUAAGUUGUUAGGCUGCUGUUUGGAAGAAGAGGUACCAGUACUAGUUUAUGAAUUCAUCUCCAAUAACACACUUUUCUAUCACAUUCAUCAUAAACCUGGUGGAAUGAGUUGGUUAUCAUGGGAGAAUCGACUGAGAGUUGCUGCUGAAGCUGCAUCUGCACUUGCAUACCUUCAUUCACAAGCUACUAUGCCUAUUAUACACAGAGAUGUCAAGUCCGCCAACAUAUUAUUAGAUGAAAACUACACCACAAAAAUAUCAGAUUUUGGUGCUUCAAGGUUGGUCCCUUUAGAUCACGAUCAAGUCACUACUCUUGUUCAGGGCACACUUGGUUACUUGGAUCCUGAAUACUUCCACACAAGCCAAUUAACCGACAAGAGUGACGUUUAUAGCUUUGGCAUGGUCCUAGCAGAACUCAUAACUGGGAGAUUGCCAAUUUGUGCAGCUAGAACCAAUGAAGAAAAAAAUUUAGCAACCUACUUUGUCAAGUCAAUGAAAGAGAACCGUCUUUUUCAAAUUGUUGAACCACGAUUAUUACAAGAAGGGACUCUUGAGCAGCUACAAACAGUAGCUGAGCUAGUCAAGAGAUGCCUUAACUUACUAGGAGAUGAAAGACCUACUAUGAAAGAGGUGGCAAUGGAGCUAGAGGGCUUGAGGAAGUUCACAACUCAUCCUUGGAUUCAACAACAUGAACAAGCGCCUGAAGAAUCUAGAAGCUUAAUCCUUGAAGUUGAACAAUCUGAUCUUUAUGGUGUCCCGUUAAUCCCAUAUAGUAGUAACGAAUGGGAAUCGUACUCAGGAAUAACAGAAAUGGCGUUUCAAGAAAACAAACCGCGCUAA